UCAUACCAUUGCGUGCGGGUGGCUGGAAAUAACCCCGACCUCCGUGACAUCCCCUGGGUGCUUGACGGCGGCGGCAGCAGCAGCUGGUGGUCAUCUCAUGCUCCCCGCCUCCUGUCUGGCCUCUCAGACCACAGGGACGCGAGCACGACGUGGAGGAGAAAGAGGAAGGGUGCCUGCGGAGAGGGGGCUCGUGCCUGUCCUGCUGUGGUGACGCACAUGCGUUACAAAGGGCGAGUCUUGAUCCCCCUCACUCCCCAAGAAGAAGCCAUGUGCCCCGGUGCCUCUCCAGAAGCUUUACUCAACAGCACCCUCACGACCCACCUCCUUCCUGCCCUCUACUCUGUGGUGCUGCUCGUAGGGCUGCCGGCCAAUGCUCUGGCGUUCUGGGUCCUGGUGACCAACUUCAGGAGAUGUUCCAGCAGCCUCUUCCUGCUCAAUCUGGCCAGUGCUGAUCUGCUCUUCGUGCUCCUGCUGCCCUUCAGGAUCUCCUACCACCUCUUGGGCAAUAACUGGCUCUUUGGGGACUACCUGUGCCGCACCAUGGUGGCCUUCUUCUACGGGAACAUGUACAGCUCCAUCUUCUUCCUUACCUGCAUUGGCUUGGAGCGCUACAUCUCUGUAGUGCACCCAUUCCUGUGGAAGGGCUCCAGUUGGAUGUGGGGCAAGGCAGCCAUCUGUGUGGGUAUCUGGCUGCUGGUGGGGCUGGGCAUGAGCCCUCUGCUGUUGCACACCCAGACAAUGCACAUCUCAAGCCUGAACAUCACAACAUGCCAUGAUGUCCUAGGAAAGAAUGAUCAUGUGUUCUUCGCCUACUAUUUCCUCUACCUGAUGGGGCUGGGCUUUGGCUUGCCCUUUGUGCUCAUUACUAUCUCCUACAGCUGCAUCCUGGCACGGCUGAUGGCCAAGGGGAGACACUAUAGGCAGGUAGUGUGUGUCCUGGCUCUGGUCCUCCUGGUCUUCAUCCUCUGCUUCACCCCCAGCAAUGUGUUGCUCUUCAUUCACUACAUAGUGGAGGUCACAGGGUGCCACAACUCCAUCUACAUCUGGUACAUCCUGGCCCUGCCAAUUGGUGCCUUCAACAACUGCUUUGAUCCCUUUGUCUACUUCUACAUGUCCAAGGAUUUUCGGGCCUGGGUCCGGGAAGCAGGCAGCUGCUGCCUGGGAGGGCUCAAAACCUCAUCAGGGAGGGCCUUAGAGAAGGCAGCCAUGCCAUUGAGGCCCAGCGAGCAGAGCCAGCUGGAGGCAGGGCUAGGGGAUGCUAGGCUGUAA